CUAAAUCCGAGUGCAAAAAUCACAGCCCUAUGCAUACAUCUUAGCUGUAGAUCCGAGUGCAAAAAUCAGGCGAUACAAGGUCAAACGGUAAAUGUUCACACGAGCUUCGGCGUGGUGUUUCGAGCACGAAAACCUUGACCGGCCUCCCUCACAGGUUGAGAUGGAUGACAUCUGUCUCCAGAAUCACUGGCAGCGUCAGUCAUGAGCAAAAAAAGACUGGUAAUUUUGACUUAAAAUGCCGAAUGAAUAAGACCUAGGAGACUGAGUAAAAGGAAAAUGAUGAGAAGAGUGGAAACAGAUAACUUUUGUGGCCUGAAGAAUCAAGGAUUCACCUGUUAUUUGAAUGCGUUACUUCAGACAUUGUUCCGGACUCCAGAAUUCAAAAAUCUCAUUAUCAGUUCCAGUGUGCAUACCUUAGAAAAGGCACUGUCUAAAUUAUUUAAAAAGUUAUCAUCUAACAGCUCGAGCAUAGGAACAAAAGAUGUGACUCGUGCUCUGAAGAUUGAUGUUAUGAAACAACAGGAUAUUGCCGAUUGUUUCCGUAUGCUUCUUAAUAAGCUGGAUAAAAAGGCACCCUCAAAAUAUAGCAAGAUUUUUCAGAGCAGAGUUGUUAACACUCUUGAAUGCCAGGAUUGCCAUAAUACUGAUGAAUUGGUACAAGACUUUUCAGUAAUAACACUUCCGGUAAAACCGUUUCUGACAGACUCCCUUGAAGAGUUUUGGAAUUCCACUACAUUAGAUGGACAAAAUGAAGUCUACUGUAAUAAGUGUUGUAAGAAGACUGCAACAACAAUGACGUAUACUUUCAAAUGCCAACCUCGUGUUCUUGUGAUACAACUAAAACGGUUUAUGCAAUGUCGCAAUAUGUUCGAAAAAGAUAUCAGUACCGUUAGCAUACCCUUAAAGCUGGAAGUUCCAUAUGGAAACUCAAAGGACAAAACAAUUUACAGUCUCUAUGCAAUGUGUAACCACAUAGGAGUUGUUAAUGGUGGCCACUAUAAUGCAGUUAUCAAAUGUAGUGAAAAGUGGAAUGAGUUUGAUGACAAGUAUUGUUACCUGAAUUGCAUCCACCAAAGCGGAAGUGACUUUAUAAGCUCAAGCAAUGCUUACUUACUGUUCUAUAAGAAACCCUCGGAUGAUGCCAGUGGACAGCCAACAGACAACGAACAUAAUGAAGGUACAGCAAAUGAAUGUAAACACAAAAAGAAAAGGGCCAGCAUAGUUAAACGAAAAGAUCAACCAUCUACACACACAAGAUAAUGAACCCAGGU